CAUCAUAGACCCCCUCUGGGAAAGUGAUGAGGGCGUCCCCAUUGAUGCAAUUGUAUUUGGUGGAAGAAGACCAGAAGGUGUGCCUUUGGUGUACGAGUCAUUUAACUGGCGUCACGGUGUGUUUGUGGGUGCAGCCAUGAGAUCUGAAUCCACACCUGCUGCUGAACAUAAAGGUAAAGUAAUCAUGCAUGACCCCUUCGCCAUGCGUCCUUUCUUCGGUUACAACUUUGGUGACUACUUGGCCCACUGGCUGAGUAUGGAGACACGCAAGGGCCAAACCCAACUCCCCAAGAUCUUCCACGUCAACUGGUUCCGAAAAGAUCAGAAGACCGGCUCUUUCUUGUGGCCAGGGUUUGGGGAGAACGCACGCGUCCUCGAGUGGAUCUUCAAACGAUGCGGUCGUACCAGUGAAGACGAGGCUGCCACCCAAAGCAUUGUGGGAUGGAUUCCACAAAACGGUGUCUUAAACACAGAAGGCCUGGGUGGAAAUAUCGAUAUGGGUGCCCUCUUUGACCUGCCCAAACCCUUCUGGCAGAAGGAAACACAGGAGCUUCGGACCUACUUCACCCAGCAGGUUGGUGUCACGGUUGGUAAACCGUGAUCUCGGGUUGUUUACACUUUGUGGUGAAUUCUGUGUGUUCUGCGUCUGCACUGAUUAGUUGUGGGCGUCUCCGUUAAUUGUAUCAGCAACAGCUGCCACUCAUUACUCAUCUCCUAUAUAAUGGCUUGUCUCACGUCUUGUGUUUGUGAGAUCGUUGUUUCAUGUCGUUGUGUUACCCCCGUCUGGCUUCUGUGUUAGUUUGCGUUUUGGAUGUCUGUGUUUUCCCUAGAACCUCAUCCACUCUCCGCACGAUCACUCAGCCACGGACACUUACCUUCGGCUCUGUUCCCCUCAGUUCCUGUGCCACUCUCUCCUGCUGCCUCACGCCGUCAAGACC